AUGGAAGAUUGCACGACAUUGCAAAUUCCAUGCGUCCGUAAUCAGGUACACGAGCUGUGUAGAAAAACGGCAACAAUCUACAGCACAAUUUUAAGGGCGUUCUCGCAAAUUGUUCUGCUUGGAUACAGCCUCGGCACGGCGGCUGUCACAGACCUAGCAGCCAGUGAUCCAGAAGGAAUUGUUGGAGUCGUGCUUGUUGCUCCCUUCACCAGUGGUAUUCGUCUUUUUAUAAACCAGCCCGGAAGAUAUAUGGAUAAAUUUUUGACUGUUGAGAAAGUUCGCCACAUCAAAGUGCCGAUACUGGUAUGCCACGGUUGCCGAGACGACUCCAUAUCUGUAGAGCAUGGAUUUGAGGUUUAUAACAGAGCUCCGCGGGUCGUGUCACCCUUAUUUUUGGAUGAUGCUGAUCACGUGUCGAUAUUUAACGGGAAAUACCUCCAUACAUUCGUACGAAUACGAGAGUGA